AUGGCUGAAGCAGCAGUUUCCUAUGUUGCAGAGCGGCUUAUUGAUCUUUUCCAAAGAAAAAUUGUUUUCCUGCAAAGUGUCCAACAAGAAGUUGAAGGAGUGCGAAACGAGCUCGUCCGUAUGAAGUGUUUCCUGAAAGAUGCAGAUAUGAAGCAAGAGGAAGAAGAAGCCGCAACAGUCCGCAACUGGGUAUCUGAAAUCAGAGCAGUUGCCUACCAUGCUGAGGAUGUGAUUGAAAUAUUCAUCCACCAAGUCGAGUCCCAAGAACGACAGAGCUUCUUCAUCAAGUGUGCCUUCUAUCCUAAGAAACUAUACAGGCUUUACAGAGUAGGGAAAGAGAUUGAAUCGAUCCAGACCACAAUUCUUGAGAUAUCCAACAGCCGUGAGAGAUAUGGAAUCAGGCAUAUUCAAGGGCUCGGAUUCGGGGAAGGGUCAAGCACAACACGGGAGAAGAUGCGUGAACUACGACGCUCCUCGCCCUUGGUUGCGAAUAAGGAUACUGUUGGCCUAGAGAAGCAUGUGAAUUCUGUCGUGUCAAUCCUUCUAAGGGAGGACAAACGGCUCCGUGUUGCUUCAAUUGUGGGUAUGGGAGGCAUUGGUAAAACGACUCUUGCCAAAGAAGUUUAUAACCAAGCUCAAAUCAGAGACAAGUUUGACACUCGGGCAUGGGUUUAUGUAUCUCAAGAUUAUAAACCCGCGAAGAUCAUCAAGGAACUCAUUUUACAACUGGCAAAUCCAGAAGAAGAUAAAGUGAAGAUGGUGGAAACGAUGGACAAAUUGUCAGAGGCAGGCUUGGAGGAAAUGCUCCAUAGGCGCUUGGAAGACACAUGCUAUCUCAUUGUUCUUGAUGACAUCUGGACCACAGAAGCAUGGGAUCUUCUUGCUAGGUCAUUUCCUGACAAUGAUAAGUCAAGUAGAUUGCUACUUACCAGCCGCAGAAAGGAAGUUGCUUUGCAUGCAGAUGCCCAUACUAUACCAUAUGAACUUAAAGUAUUGAACGAAGAAGAGAGCUGGGAACUCUUUCUGAAGAAAGCAUUUUCCGAGGAUAGAGAGUGUCCCCAGGACUUGGUGGACGUUGGGAAAGAGAUUCUGGAAAAAUGUGAUGGCUUGCCACUGGCAAUCACUGUUAUAGGAGGCCUCUUAGCUGGGAAGAAGAAGCAAAGAAGUGAGUGGCAGAGAGUACAAAGAAACCUCGGUUCACACCUUGUUGGAAGCCAAACCUAUGGCGUAUCAACAAUUCUGGCGUUGAGUUAUCAUGACUUACCUCCCCAUUUGAAAUCUUGCUUCCUCUACUUGGGCCUUCUCCAAAAAGACAAAGACAUCCCUGUGCAGCAACUAAUGCACAUAUGGAUCGCCCAUGGUCUUGUUCAUCAGAAGGGAGAAGAAGAAUUAGGGGACAUUGCUGAGGAUUAUCUUGAUGAGCUCAUUUGCAGAAAUAUGGUUCAAGUGAUCCAAGUUAGAGCAGAUGACAGAGUUAGAAGUUGCCGGCUCCACGAUCUCCUGAGAGACUUUUGUAUCAUGAAAGCAAAGGAAGAAAUAUUUCUCGAGGUCCAUGAGAAAGUAGUUAAUCAGUCUAUACCCCUGUCUGAACCUCGACACCAUGUCCUUUACUGUCCAAUUGAGAGGUACAAAUAUUUAGGAAAUUCAAAAUCAUAUAUGAGAUCCCUUCUAUCCUUUGAUUCAUCUGCUAAACUAGUUAACCUUGAUUGUAUUUGUAAAAGUAGUUUCAAACUUCUCAAAGUGCUAUACAUAGACUCUCCUGGUUUAAAAGUUAUCUCAGAUAGUAUCGGGAAACUAUAUUCCUUGAAGUACUUAGGCGUAGGAUGGAAGACACGCAUAAAGAAGCUUCCUCGUUCGAUAAGUCGGUUGAAAAACUUGGAAACGAUUGAUAUGCCCAUGUCUAGGUAUUAUUCUGUGCUGGUUCCUAAUGUCUUGUGGAAGUUAGAGAAUUUACGGCAUCUCAUUGGUUAUAUAAAUUCCCCCAGCUUAUUGAAGAUUGACCUACUGAACAAUGUCCAAACUUUAGGCAGCAUACCUGUUCAUCACUGGAUGCAUAAUGAAAACCUGACAAGAAUGACUAAUCUCCGAAAAGUUGGUUUAUUCAUUGAAAGAGAUGAUAACCUAGACAUAGAUCGAUUAUGUGAUUCACUAGCGGAGCUUGAGAGGCUCCAAUCCUUGUGCUUGGAAGUAGAGGAUAGCUUGCAGAUAUCUUUGGUUGCUGGUUUAUCUAAGUUGAAUCAUAUUGUCAAGCUUAAGUUGAAGGGACGACUAGCCUCAAUGCCAACUCAUCCUUGUGUGUUUCCACCUAAUCUUCGCCAGCUGACUUUGGUCAACUCCAAGAUCCACCCAGAUUCCAUUCUGGUGUUGGAGAAGUUAACAAACCUAUCAGUUCUAAAACUAAUUCAAGCUUUUGAUCAUGAGCUAGAUGACAGUAUAAGGAUAUCGGAGAAUGGGUUUCGUGGACUCAAAUUUCUCAGGGUGGAUCAGCUAAUGUCUAUGAAAGACAUGAAUCUAGGGAAAGGUGCAAUGCCAGAACUCAAGUGCCUGCAAAUCUUCAAAUGCUACUCGUUGAGGAUGCUCCCAGAAGAGUUGAUAUCAUUGACCAACCUUGAGAAGCUGGAGAUUCGAGGAAUGCCUGAAGAAUUUUGUGCGAGGCUUCAAACUUCAGAUUUUCACAAACUCCAACACAUUCCCAAUAUUGUGGUUGGACAUACUAGUAUAGAUUAUGAAGAAGAACUGGAGCGUGUAGCUAUUGUUAGAAAGAUCAGGGCGCAUGCACAGUCAAUAAGAGCAGCAUAUUUGUUCAAGGAAGCAGGCCAGAGGAGGUCAAAUGUCAAUAGUACUGAUUGA